UUUGCUUUUUAUUAAUACGGUCCUCCUUUUCUGUAGCUUUUUUUAUAUACACAUAUAUUGACUUGAAUUCAACUUUUUUAUUGUCGAGAAACAAAAGAAAGAACAAAAUAUGUCGCUGAACCACGAACUUGUACUCAAAGCCUCUACGGCACUGCUGAAGCACAUCGAGAAGAAGAAGGAGAGCGACGAAGUGACCAACCUGCUGGCGGACGAGACCGAGCAGGUGCAUCUGAUUAUGAGCGUGAAGAAGCUGUCCACGAAGGAGCGUCACAAGCCCUACCGGAUUUCCCUGCGCACCCCGAUGUAUGAGGAGACAGCCUCCGUGUGCCUGAUCGUGAAGCCGACCCAGACAGAGUACGUCGAGAAGCUGCUGGCCUUUGGCAUUCCCCAGAUUAAAGAGAUUGUCACUAUGGAUCAGCUGAAGAAGAAAUACAAGUCGUAUGAGUCCAAGCGCCAGCUCCUGGCCAUGCAUGAUCUGUUCUUGGCCGACGACCGGGUGCUCGCCAGCCUGCCGGAGCUUUUGGGUGUAAAGUUUUUCAAUGCGAAGAAGCUCCCUGCUCCCGUUAAUCUGAUGGCUAAGGACCAGAAGAAGGAGCUUACCAGGGCGCUUUCGUGCACAUUCUACAGACAGACGAAGGGCACUUGCAAUGCGAUCAAGGUCGGUUUGACCUCCAUGGCGGCUACCCAGCUGGCUGACAACAUUGAAGAUGUCGUCGCCGCUGUCUCGCAACUCGUCCCGAAGAAGUGGGAGAACAUCCAGUCAAUUGGAAUCAAGACGGGCACCUCCCUGACCCUCCCCAUUUACAACGCCCUCCCCAUGCCCCCUACUGUUAUCACGGACUCGUCUGCCACUAGAAUGGUCGUCGAUCAGGCCAAGACCGCUUCAGGAAAGAAGACCAAAAAGAGCCCCAUGUCUCGCACUGCCGCUGACAAGGCCAUUGUCGCUGCUGCUACCGUUACCAAGAAGAACGCACGGUCCAAGGGGCGUGGGCGUGCCGCUGCCUCGACCAAGGCAUAAUAAAGAGAGACUUUUAUAUAAUUGAAAAAUACACAUGACUUUGCUUUCACUCGAU